UAAAAUUGAAUAAAGUAAUUUCUGGCGCCCCUCUUCUUCUCAGACGCCGCCUGUCAGCUCGCUGCCGACGCCGUCGACGCCUGCUCGACCACCCCCGACGCUCGCCGCCUCUCCGUUCGCUGCCGCUGUCACCGACGUCGUCGCGGCCUCCUCCGACGCCUCUCCGCUCGCUGCCGGGGCUGCCGACGCCCGCUCGCCACCCCAUUGUCCGCAUCCAGUCUUUUCUCAGGCGAGCGAGCUGCCUCCCAUUUCUUGCAAUGUUUAAGCCACCUGCUUUCGGCCAGUCGCCUACUCUCGUUGGUUCAAUUCAGUUUAAGCCAAUUCCACGAACAGCUACAUUGGAAUUUAUUCCUUCAACAAUUAAAGAUAAAGAAGUUCAACGAGACACAAAUAUUCUGUUAUACAACAUUGUUGGUGGAAUAGUUUUGCUGGUUUUAUUUCUAAUAGUAUUUAUUGUCAUUGUCUUUGUACUUUUUGUCCCAAGAAGGAGUACAAACCAGGAUCUCGAAGAAUCUCAGAGACGUAGACCUAUAAGACGAGAUGUGCAAGAGAUCGAGAUGUUUUCAGUAUCUUCUUACUCCACCUCAGAGUCUCACUCAUUAAUUGAAGAUGUUGAUAGUUGUCUAAUAUGUUUAGAAGGAUUUACUCAUAGAGAGAGAAUUGUUAGAUUAUCAUGUCAACAUAUCUUUCAUGUUGCAUGCAUAAACAAGUGGUUUACAGUAAGGACAGUUUGUCCAUUGUGUGUAAGAGACUAUCACACUGUUGUAACUAUUGAUGAUGAGACUUAGUCACGUUAUUUAAAAUAUCAGCUUUAUUUUG